AUGCAGUCGCUGGACUAUAUGCCGUUGGUCAAGAAGCACCUCACAGAUAAGGGCACUUUCUACAAGCGCCACUACUGCACCACGGCCAUCUGCUGCCCCUCCAGAGUCUCUCUAUGGACCGGCAAGCUGGCACACAACACCAACGUCACCGACGUGAACCCGCCCCAUGGCGGCUACCCCAAGUUCGUGAAGCAGGGGCUCAACGACGCCUACCUGCCACUAUGGCUGCAGCAAGCCGGGUACGACACGUACUAUACGGGCAAGCUAUUCAACGCACACACAGUCGACAACUACCACACCCCCUACGCCGCCGGGUGGAACGGCUCCGACUUCCUCCUCGACCCCUACACCUACAUGUACCUCAACGCGACCUUCCAACGCAACCGCAACCCGCCCAUCAGCUACCCCAACCAGCACUCGGUCGACGUGCUCACCCAAAAAGCCCUCUCCUUCCUCGACGACGCCACCACCCCGCCCAACCGCAACCGGCCCUUCUUCCUCGGCAUCGCGCCCGUCGCGCCCCACAGCAACGUGCACAUCUCCAAGGACGCCCUCACCCGCCCCUUACCCUCCAACCCCAACGACUCCAUCGAUGAUCUCAUCUCCUUUACCCCGCCGAUCCCAGCCGCGCGCCACGCCCACCUCUUCGCCAACGUCACCGUCCCGCGCACCCCGCACUUCAACCCGGCGGGGUCCGCCUCCGGCGCGAGCUGGGUGCGCGGGCUGCGGCACCAGGGCAAGGAGAAUGUGGAGUUCAACGAUCAUUAUUAUCGGCAGCGGUUGAGGACGCUGCAGUCGGUGGAUGAGCUGGUGGAGCAGGUGGUGGAAAGGUUGGAGAGGUUGGGCGUGCUGGAGGAGACGUUCGUGUUUUAUACGACGGAUAAUGGGUUCCAUAUUGGGCAGCAUAGAUUGCAGCCGGGGAAGGAGUGCGGGUUUGAGGAGGAUAUUAACAUCCCGUUGAUUGUGAGGGGGCCGGGGGUGCCGCGGGGGGAGGUGGCCGAGGUGGUGACGGCGCAUGUGGAUUUGGCGCCGACGGUUUUGGGGAUUGCGGGGGUGGAUGUUGAGGGGGUGGUGAAAGGGGGGGUGGUGCCGGAGUUUGAUGGGGAGGGGAUUCCGUUGACGAAGGGGGAGUUGAAGGCGGCGGUGGGGACGAGGCAUGAGCAUGUCACGGUGGAGUUCUGGGGGAUUGCGGCGUCCGAGGGGAAGUUUAAGCUGGCGGGUGAUGAUGGGCAGCGGUUGGUGGUGAAUAACACGUACAAGGCGCUGAGGGUGAUCGGGGAGGAGUAUAACCUUUAUUACUCGGUUUGGUGUAGCAACGAGCAUGAGUUGUAUGAUCUCAAGACGGAUCCUUACCAACUCAACAACCUCCUCCACAGCACUGCCAAACGUCCCGCCACGCUCAUCGGCGUGCCGUUCGAAAAGGUCAUUGCCCGACUUGACGCGCUGCUGUUCGUGCUCAAGUCAUGCAAGGGUCAGACGUGUGUGAGGCCGUGGCAUGCCCUACACCCGGCGGGUAACGUCCAGAACUUACACGGAGCCCUGAGCAGCCGCUUCGAUGUCUUUUACGAGGAGCAGCAGCAGAAGGUCAGCUUUAACCGCUGCGAGAUGGGCUAUCUUUUAGACGCCGAGGGGCCACAGUUUGAGACGGACGGGUUGGCAUACCGACAAGGGGUGAGGUGGAGUGAGUGGGUGUAA